UGCCUGCGCUGUGCUGCCUUCCCACAGACCCACACUGUCCUGGGGCCAGCCCCCUGUCCUUAUCGGAAGGAACAACAUAGCCAGCCUGGCAAAGUGUACGCACAUUCCUCCGAUUGCACAAAAAAGUAAUUUUCCAGAGAAUACUUUAGAACAAGUGGUGACUGUCGCUGUCACAAUGGCAGAUACAACCUUGCAGAUUGUUGAGCAGCCCACCAUCAUCCCCGACACCCCUCCAGGAGAAACUUCUGACAACGAGCUCAUCAAGGCAGACCAAAUCAAUGGGGUACUGGUGCUGAGUCUGCUAGAUAAGAUCAUAGGAGCAGUGGACCAGAUUCAGCUGACCCAAACCCAACUAGAGACAAGACAACAAGAGAUGGAAAAUGUAGUGGGCAGCAUUCAAGGAGAACUGACAAAGCUGACCAAGUCCCAUGCCACCACCAGUAACACAGCCAGUAAACUUUUAGAGAAAGUGAGGAAGGUGAGCGUCAAUGUCAAGACAGUGAGACAAAACCUGGAGAGGCAGCAAUCACAGAUCAAAAAGUUGGAAACCAAUGAGUCCGAGCUCCUGAGACGAAGGAACUUCAAAGUUAUGAUCUACCAGGAUGAAGUGAAGCUGCCAUCCAAGCUUAGCAUAAGCAAAUCUCUAAAAGACAACGAGAAGCAGGAGGUAGAAGAGGAAGAUCAGGAGAAGGAGAACAAGGAAGAUACAGAAAAUAUCCAGCUUUCCUCAGAUGAAGAGGUUGAGGUAGAAGAAAUCAUUGAAGAGUCUAGGGCUGAGCGCAUCAAGAGAAGUGGACUGCAGAGAGUCGAUAACAUAAAGAAAGCUUUCUCAAAGGAGAAAAUGGAAAAGACAAAGGUGAAAACCAAAGAGAAUUUAGAAAAGACCAAGCAGAACAUAGAGAAGACUAGACAUAACAUUGAGAAGAAGAUGACCAAGCUUGGAACCAAGAUAGUUACAAAUGAGAGGCGAGAGAAGAUGAAGACCUCCAGAGACAAGUUAAAGAAGUCCUUCACACCUGAUCACCCAGUUUAUGCUCGUUCCAAAACUGCUGUCUACAAGGUGCCUCCGUUUACUUUCUAUGUCAAGAAAAUCCGUGAAGGGGAAGUUGAAGUACAGGCCACAGAAAUGGUGGAAGUUGGAGGGGAUGGCGAUGAAGAAGGAGAGGUAGACGAGUUGCUGAGAGGAGAAAGCCCUGAUCCCAAUGCACUACUGCAGAUCACAGAGGACACUGAUGCGGUAUUGGCUGAGAGAAGCGACAGCGAUUAGGAAGGGUACAGGGACUCCUUCCAUUUGGACAGCUCAGUUUAUAACCUUCUUCACAUUUCAGAUUCAUUUUAUUUCUUUUUCAUAUUCACAUAUAUAUUUUUAAAACAUUUUUGCAGCUCAUAACACAAGAAAAAAAUAUAUAUAAUUGUCUUUCUAAUAAGCAGGCUGCACUUUCUGUAAAAGGUUAAUAAAACUGAUCCUAUCAUUGCGAUAUAAUUAUAUAUAUAUAUAUAUAUAUAUGUAUAAACGCAGCACACGUGCCUUUCCUAAUAAUCAGCUGAUAAAACUAUCACACUGGCCAUUAUAUUACAAAGUUUGUCUUUAUUAAAAUACAGGGCAAUAAUGCAUCCACUCUUUAGAAAGUAUCUCUUUCAGUCCUAGGAGGAUAAUAAGCAGCAGCUAUAUUGGAAUGUAAUUGAGAAAACCUUUCCUCUAUUUAGCUAAACUAUUUUGUGACCAACCAAGGCUUAUGCCAAAGAAUGGAUCAUAGUCACCAUUAGCACUCAUUGAUACAUAAAAGCAUUGGAGCAGUAUACACUAGACCAUUUUCUCUUUGCUAUAGUUUGUAAGUCCUCAGAUGUAGACAGUUCUAUUUAAGAAAAUGUUAUAUUUUCAACAGGUAAGGUCUUGGUGCAGACUGGAAAGGUUUUAUUUAAGGUUAGGAAUGUUGUUCUAGUUGAAGAGAGGCAUGUCUAAGGGGCUGUUAUAUAGAUGUGAGUCUAAAUGAUGAAAUCUUUAAUGCGCAAUUAUACAAGAUGCAGAUUCAGUAUAGUGAAGAUACUUUCAAAGGGAGAGAAGUACUGGAAUAAGAGAAACAAGGUAACAGCAUUAUGUGGUGGUGCCCCAGCAGCAGUGGCUGUGGUUAGCAUCACAGGGCCUGUUACAGAGUUGGAAGUAGUGUGGGCAUACUUUGAUGAAAAUAUAUGUACACAUAAAAUGCAUAGAUUUGCACAUAUUCGGAGUUGUAUGCAUUUCCAGAUAUGACCACAAACUUGCCUAGUUUACUGCUAGGAAUCAUCAUUAUCAGUGCGGGUUAGCACCUGCCUUUUACUAGAUGCGAAAGAUAGGCGCCAUAAAGGCAUGUCUUCAUUUAUGGCUCUGCAUAGACUGCAUUGGCAUGAACGUGCCCUCAUUGAACUGUGCCAGCAUUUCUGAACAUGUGCAGUGCGUACUGAUGCCAGAUGCACUCCGCAAACAGGCACCUGUUUGACUCCGAAUCAGCCCAAAAGUGCAUAAGGUCAUAGUGUAAAUUUGAGGUGCUUUACAUACAUGCCAUCUCAGUGUGCCUUUUGAUAAACUGUCUUUGCACCUCUUGGAUUCUGUAACUGAUGUCUGGAUUAUAGUCAAUUAAGUACUUAGAGCCUAGGUUCUGAACCUGUCCUGCAUAUACACAAAGGGGUGUACAUGCACCACAGUGCCUCGGAUAGAGGUAAGGUGCACUUCAGUGAGUUAAAUAUAGAUCAAAAUAAGUUUCCUUAGUAAAACAUAAACCAUUCAAAACUAAUCUGAAGUGGUAGUUUUACAUGCAAAUGCUUAAUGCUAAUGAGAUAAAAGGGGUAAAUUCACACCCAGGGGUUCUUAGUAGCAACACCCUAAGGUGGGGGUGGUGGGGGGGAGGGGGUACAUUUGCCAUCAUCAGUGGAUGUGUGUUAAAAAAAGAUUGAGAAGCCCUCCUCUAGAGUGACCUGUUACUAAUACAGGUAACAAGAAGAAGCUAGAGAAGAUGAUACCCCUCUGCUAAUUCCCAGGUCACCAUGUCUACAACCCAGCUUUUGAAUGGAGUAUCAUUAUUGCCUGUUGUAGGCGAUGUAAUGUGCUUGGCUCAUCAGAUAACAUUUCUGUCACCUGACAAGUAGCCAUGCUGACCAUUUGGUUGUAGUGACAACAUAUGACAGAGUUAAACCUAGAGAGAUAUACUCCACUAUGAUUAAACAGUGUUAUUUUUGCUUUCACUCAAUUGCAGUAUAAUACAGUUUAGGUUUGAUAUGACAAACACAGGAAGUAGGUUAACUUCACAAGUAAACAUGAGCCUUUUUCUCCAAUGGUCCAAAGUGGCAUUGUGUAUUGAUAAAAUACAUUUCACUGUCUUUGCUUUAUAUUUAUCCUGAUGGGGCCGCAUUUGUAUAAAAUAGAUUCAUUGGUGCUUUAAGGAUAAUCAGUUUAAGAGGAAAGUAACAUUAAAGAAAAUAUGUCUGCCAGUGGCAAGUCAAUGAAAUGCAACAAGCAACAAUUAUUUGCGUUUUCAUCUUGUUAUGACUAUAAUUCAGUUCAUCAAUUAAAACCUCUUUAACAAGAA